AUGAAGAAGGAUGAUGGAGAGAGUCUGUAUCUCAAAUGUGAUGAUGGUAAAUAUGAAGGAGGUUCGGUUACAGAGAUUUCAGAGGGCAUGAAGAUGAGGAACUUUCGGAGAAAUUCAGAAAGAAUUCAAAGGAAGCUGGCAGAGAAUUUGAGAUUAAAUGAAGAAGAUGAAGGUAAAAAGAGGAUGGAGCUGAGAAAGGGGUUGGUUUUUCUGCGGAUUUCUAGAGAGAGAGAAGAAUGCUGUAGUUGUAGCUUCUUCCAUUUGAUUGAAGCAACAAUCAGAUAUGGAAGUAGUACUCCCCUGAGGGCAGCGAAUACUCAUGAGCUGAUUCCGGAUAUAAUAUUCACUUCUGGCCAGUUGGUUUUGUGCAGGUUUGUAAUGACAUAG